UAAACUUUUUUAUUUUACAUUGGGCUACUGAUGAAAUGGCACCAUUUAUUGGUAACACUUUAAUUCACAUAAACUUUAGAAAAUGUCAUUCUUUCAUUGUUAAUGAUUCCCGGAAAGUUUUAUCAGGUAUUAAUGAAGAAUUGUCAUGCCCGGAACAUGAGGAAGCUGAUACCAAAAUUAUAUUUCAUAUCUGUAAUUACAACUUUGAAGCAAAUAUAGUAAUUCGAACUGUUGACACUGAUAUUGCCGCUAUAAUGCUUGCUCAUUUACAUCGCUUAAAAAAUGACUCGACCAUUUGGAUGCUGACGGGUACUGGAAACAAUGUGAGGUACGUGAAUCUAACAAAGAUACACGCCCAGUUAGGAGAAUCCAUUUGCCGAAGCUUGCCUGGUUUCCACGCAAUAACAGGGUGCGAUUACAAUCCGGCAUUAUUUAGAAAGGGAAAACUAAGACCUUACAAACUAUUAAAAAAAAACGAUGAAUUCCAAAAAGCUUUUAUAAAGUUCGGCGAAAAUAAGUUAAUAGAGGACAGCAGUGAACAGAAGAACAUUUUCAAUAGUAUUCAGAAAUAUAUAUGCAGUGUAUAUAAUGUUCGGAAUGCAAUUGAUGUCAAUUCUGCUCGAGUUCAGAUGUUUAUAGACUCAUACAAAGUUUCCGACAUUAAUGAGGCUUUCAAUCGAAAAAAAUUGAGAAACUUUGAUGCUAGCAGUUUACCACCUUGUGAACAUGAGCUACUACAGCAUUUUUUACGAGCUAAUUAUAUUUGUACGAUUUGGAACAAUGCUCACUUAAGAAAACCUACUUCACAUAAACCUGAAAAUAAUGGCUGGGUACUGGAAAAUGAUCAAUACCAUUUUAAAUGGUUUGAAGGAGAUCAGCUACCUACUUAUGUCAGUGAUUCUCUACAAACUUUGUCAGAAGCUGAUGAAGACGAUGACAUUCAUGAGGACAAAUCCGCAGAAUGGAGUAGCGGUGAUGAAGAUAAUCGAGAUACCGACGAGGACGAUGAAGUUGAUUAAAUAUUUUUUUUGAUUUAAUAAUAAUGUUUGACACAUUAUAUUUUUACUUUGUAUUGUAAUGGCUAUAAUUAUAAAUAUAAUUGAAAUCUUUUUCGA